AUGGCCUCGACCUCCGACCAUGCCAAAGGCAGUCCCUCCUCAAUAUCUUUCUAUAAAGAAGAGAUGCCCGGAGGAGCACCUAAUGUGACCAUUCCGCUCCUCAUCCGAGCACGGAUGGCUAAUUUUGACGUGCGACGCAUAUUGGUCGACCAGGGAAGUUCAGUGGACAUCAUGUACUCCCAAUUGUUCAAGACGUUGCAGCUGAACAACAGUCACCUUACACCAAACGUAGGAUCGGACCUACAAGGAUUCAAUGGCACAAUAACCAAGCCGUGGGGAUUCGUGGAACUCAUAGUUUCGAUAGGGUCAGUAGAGACCACCAGGGCAGUGAAAGUCCAAUUUCUAGUCAUCAACUGCCCAUCAAUAUACCAAUGCAUCCUCGGACGCCCCACUCUGGCUGAAUUAAUCGCGGUUCCCUCAACCGUACACCUCAAGCUCAAAUACUAUACGACCAAAGGACAAGUAGCGACACUCCACGGCGACAUCGAAGCAGCCAGAAGGUGUUUUGAAGCCUCCGCCAAGGGCCUGAGCGCGAUAAAAACACCAGGCCAAGAGAAGACAGCAACCAACGCUACUUCAGAAACCAACAAAUCUAUGCCCCGCAUCGACACUGUCGACCUUGACAGUUGUUUUCCGGGAGAACCCGAGCAGAGCAUCAACUCAGGCGCAUCAGAAGGGAUCUUUCGGCCAAUUCCGAACGGAGAUUUUGAGCUCGUAGCCCUCGGAGAAGAUCCGACCAGGGGAGUCAAGAUCGGAUCAGACCUACCAGACCUGGCCAAAAGGCAACUCAAAGCCUGCCUCCGUGAGAACGCCGACCUAUUCGCCUGGAGCGCUGCAGAAAUGCCCGGCCUCGACCCAGAGGUAGCUUGCCAUCACCUGACCAUUGACCCGACCUGCAAGGCCGUCGCUCAGAGGAGAAGAAAACAGUCACUAGAAAAAACGGUUGCGGCCGAACUAGCUGUAAAAGACCUCAUAGAAGCCAGGUUUAUAUCUGAGGCCAAGGCUUGCCCAAAAGAUGCUUACCCUCUCCCUAACAUAGAUAAACUAGUUAAUAAUUCCGCCGGUUUUAAAUUACUUUCAUUCAUGGACGCAUAUUCCGGGUACAAUCAAAUACCCAUGGCUAAAACUGACAAGAAAUAUACGGCCUUCAUGACUGAAUCGGGCAACUAUUACUACAACGUAAUGCCAUUCGGUCUGAAGAACGGUGGUGCGACGUACCAGCGCAUGAUGAACAAAGUCUUUCAAGCAGAAAUAGUUGAUAUGCUUGAAGUCUAUAUGGACGAUAUGAUCGUCAAAUCCCAACGGGAAACCGAUCAUGCCGCUCACCUUAAAAAGGUUUUUGAGCAAGCCCGAAAGUGUAAAAUGAGAUUAAAUCCGGAAAAAUGCAUAUUCGGCGUCCGAGCGGGAAAAUUCCUCGGCUUCUACUUAACAGAAAGAGGAAUCGAAGCCAACCAGGAUAAGUGCAGGGCUUUCUCAGACUUGCCCACUCCAAAUUCAAAAAAGUCAAUCCAAACCUUAAACGGCAUGCUCACCUCACUAUCUAGAUUCGUGGCCAAAUCCGCGCAGCAUGCCCUACCAUUAUUCAAACUCCUCCGCAAAGAGACCACAUUCAAAAGGACGGAAGAGUGCGAACGCGCCCUCUCCCAUCUCAAACGAGAAUUAUCCAGCCCACCAGUUUUAUCUAGACCGGAAGCUGGAGAAAUCUUAUACCUCUACCUCGCCGUAGCCCCCGAGGCCAUUAGCGCGGCCUUGAUACGAGAAACCUCGGAAGGCCAGAAACCCAUUUACUUCACAAGCAAAGCACUCCAAGGCCCCGAGAUCAGAUAUCAACAGAUCAAAAAGGUCGUACUCGUGUUAAUAACCGCGGCCCGAAGACUCAAACGCUAUUUCCUAGCACAUACCAUAGUCGUGCGAACCAAGCAACCCGUGAAACAAUUGCGUGCACGCCCUGACAUGUCCGGGAGAAUGCUCUGGUGGUCGUUGGAACUUGCGGAGUUCGACAUCAAAUACGAGGGAAGAAAAGCCCUUAAAGCACAGGUCUUGGCGGACUUCAUAGCCGAAAUGGCCUUCCCCGAAACAACAAACAACAACGCCCGAAGGUGGACCUUAUACGUAGACAGCGCUUCAAGCUCGACCGGCAGCGGGGCAGGGAUCAUUCUUGAAAGUGGAGAAGGAACCCUCAUAGAGGUAUCCCUCUCACUAUCAUUCCCAACAUCCAACAACCAAGCAGAAUAUGAGGCCCUGCUAGUCGGGCUGCGCCUCGCAAACGACUUGGAAGCCGAGGAAAUUGAGGUAUUUACCGACUCUCAAUUGGUCGCGUCACACAUCUUGGGCGAAUAUCAGGUCAAAAGUGAAGCCCUUGCCGAAUACCUAGCCCUCGUGAAAGAAAUACUGGCCCGAUUCAGGAGCGCCAAAGUAAAACACAUCCCAAGGGAACACAAUGCUCGAGCAGACGUCCUAUCAAAACUAGCGAGCACAAGAAAGAAGGGAGGUAACAAAUCCGUAAUCCAAGAAAUAUUACCAAAACCCAGCACCGAAAUCCCAUCCUCCCUCUCACUCGUAAACGCAAUAGGAGACACAUCCUGUUGGAUGACCCCCGUGUACAAUUACUUAACAAGUGAUCUCCUGCCCACCGAUCUGAAAGAGGCCUCCACCAUCCGAAGAAGAGCUUGCUCGUACGUCCUGGUCGAAAAUCGCCUAUACCAACGAGGAUUUUCCAUACCUCUCCUCAGAUGUAUAGACGAGGGCACAGUCCCCCACAUACUCCAAGAGAUACACGAGGGAAUCAAUUCCCAACAUAUAGGAGGAAGAUCACUCGCUCGGAAGGCUCUCCGAGCAGGUUACUAUUGGCCAACAAUGCAAGACGACGCCAAAGAAUACGUUAAGAGAUGCGACAAAUGCCAGCAUUUCGGGGACAUGCACCUUGCGCCCCCCCAACGAACUCAAAUCCUUAUCAUCUCCCUGGCCAUUUGCAUGGUGGGGAAUGGAUCUCCUCGGUCCGUUCGUAACCGGAAGUAA